UAAAGUAACUGUAUUCAAUAGUUUGUGACAUAUAUUAACAGCUAAUAUGUUUAAAUCAACGGACUAUCCACAAACCUUGGCCGACGAAACGACUCCGCUUCUUAUUCACCGCAAUGACAUCAGCAAUUCUAACUCGCAUUCGAAAAAUGAUGACGUCAUUCAACCGGUUAGUGAAAUUAAUGACCGUCGUGGAAGUAGCAAAACGCGUGACAUUGUGACUUACGUGGCGAUAGUGUUCCUUUUCUGUCUGUUGGCUCUUGUUGUUGUUGCGUUAUCAAUUGCCAUGGCUUACAACACAAACGGCGUUGUGACGUCAUCGUUGGAGCGAGAAUGGCCCUACUUAUUAGUCGAUGGACACAACGAUCUAGCAUGGUCGUACCGAAAGUGGGCGAAUAACUCUGUGUACACGGUCGACCUGAAAUCAGUGAUAUGGAACACAACAGAAGCACACACUGAUAUACCGCGGCUGAGGAAGGGUCAACUUGGCGCUCAGUUCUGGGCUUGUUAUGUCGUCUGCAAAUCCAGCUACAAGGACUCGGUUCUUCUGUCCCUCGAGCAACUUGACGUCAUCAAGAAGUUUGUCACGCGCUACUCUGAUACAUUUGAAUGGGUGACUACAUCAAAAGGGAUCAUGGACGCGUUUAAGGCGGGAAAGAUCGGUAGCCUUGUCGGAUUAGAAGGAGGCCAUUCCAUUGACAGCAGUUUCGGCGCACUGCGCAUGUUCUAUGACCUCGGGAUCAGAUACAUGACCGUCACACAUAGCUGCAACACUCCUUGGGCAGAUAACUGGCAAGUCGAUGCUGCGGACUUCAACGUUACUGUAAUGGGAAAGCCGGUUGGUGGACUGACAGAGUUUGGGAAGAAAGUGAUUUUAGAGAUGAAUCGCAUUGGUAUGCUUGUGGACCUGUCACAUGCUGCUAAGUCGACCAUGAUUUCAACACUGGAGAUUGCGCGCGCACCCGUCAUCUUUAGCCACUCUUCUGCGUUCUCGAUCUGCAACCAUUUCCGGAAUGUACAGGAUGACGUCCUUAAACUCGUGAAAUUAAACGGCGGCCUUGUGAUGGUGAACUUUUACGAUCGUUAUAUCACUUGCUUCCCAAGCAACGAGACAAUUGCAACCCUUAGUCAAGUUGCAGAUCAUAUCGAGCAUAUCAAAAAUCUCAUCGGUGUUUAUCACGUCGGCAUUGGAGCAGAUUAUGACGGCGUACCCACACAUCCUGUUGGCCUAGAGGACGUCUCAACCUACCCGAUGCUUUUCGCGGAGCUCGUGCGGCGAGGGUGGAAUGAGGUUGACCUUCAAAAGCUUGCUGGUCGUAACCUCAUCCGGGUAUUUAGGCAGGCGGAAAAGGUGAAGGCAGAGAUGGCCCACCUCCCACCGCAGGAGAGUCAUCUCCCUUUUGACACCGCCUACCCUAGCGAGACCUGCCACACCCGACAGUAAUACUGGUUCGAUCUUUAAUGGCCACGAGUGGAGAAACGUUUUGUUACGUUUGCUAUUGUGUCUGGUUUAGUUUUGAAUUUCCAUAUGAGCAAUUACUGUUUGUUAUACCUGAUAAAGUGGUUUUGUUUCAAAUUAAUGACCAUGAGUGAAUAUAUGAUUUGCUAUAUGAGCUGUAAUGAUUGGUUCAGUUUUAAUGGUAAUGGGUGAAGAUACUAUUUAGAGACUGGUUCAAUUCUAAUAGCCAUGAGUUAAUAUACGAUUUAGGGACUGGUUCAAUUCUAAUAGCCAUGAGUGAAGAUACGAUUUAGAGACUGAUUCAAUUCUAAUGGCCAUGAGUAAAGAUACGAUUAAGAGACUGGUUCAAUUCUAACGGUCAUGUGUUAAGAGACAAUUUAGAGACUGAUUCAAUUUUAAUCGUCAUGAGUGAAAAAACGAUAUAGAGAUUAUUUUGGUCAUGAUCGAACGUUCGAUUUAGAGACUGGAUCAAUUCUUAUGGCCACGCGUGAAGAUAUGAUUAAGAGACUGGUUCAAUUUUUAUGAACAUGCGUGAAGAUACGAUUUAGAGACGGGUUAUUUCUAAUAGCCAUGAGUGAAGAAACGAUUUAGA